CACUAAAUCAAAGCUGCACCAAAAAUUCUUUACAUGUAUUAUAAAUAUAGUUAAACAAAAGACAAAAAGCUCUCCACCCUGCAGAGCUAGCUUGAUGGGCAAGGGCAGCUGGAAAGCCUCGAAUACCAAGAGGGCCUGGAAUCCUCUCUCAUUAUUCUCCAGCAGAAACAACAACCACUCACAGUUACUGUGGAAAUGGCUAAUCCCCAAACCCUUUUUUUCUCUGCACAAGAACAGGCUAAUCCAAGCUCCACACAACACUCAUCACCGUUUGGCUGCAUCCCCGGAAUGGGCUUCUCCCCUUCUUGCCCAGGGAGAGGAGACACUGAAGAUUCAGGUGAACCAGGCGCUGGCGUCAAGGAGGCUCUCGUUCGAGCUAGAGGAGUCGUGUUCGAUUUUGGCGACGGCGGUGGGGUUCCCGUUCAAGGAGUGUGAGGUGGUGGCGAUGGAGACGGCGGAUCCGUACAGGGAGCUGGUGAGCUCCAUGGAAGAGAUGUUGGAGGUUUAUGGGGUGAAGGGAGAUGAUGAUGAUGAAGGGAAUAAUAAGUUGGAUUGGGAGUGUUUGGAGAAUUUGCUGGCUUGGUACUUGAGGGUUAACAGCAACAGGAUCCAUGAUUUCAUCGUUUCUGCGUUUGUGGAUGUGUGCUUUUCUCUUCUCUCCUCUGCACGGGAUAAUAACAAUAAUAAUAACGAUAACCAUAAUGAUAAUGAUGAUAAACAUAGUGAUCCAUCUUGAAUGCAUGGCAACUAGUAUAUUUAUUAAUUUCUUGAAAUGAAAUAUUAUAUUUGGAUCACCAUCAUCGAUCAUAUAUUAUAUUAUUGGAACUUCAAAAUAU